CCGCCGCGCGCCCCGCCCGUCCGAGUCACGCUCUGCCGCGAGUCGCGAGUGAUCUCCAAGUGAUGUCGACUUGUGACUAGUGCCAUGCUCGUGUUACGCUGUGCUCUCCUGGCGGCACUCCUCGCCGCCGCCGAUGCUGCCUGGCAGGAGAACGUCAGGCCCAAGGUCUUCGCGCAAUUAGGAGUCGACGACACACACAAGUUCCUUGGGAACGAGACGCACACAGACUACUUCAGACUAUUAUUAAGAGACGGAAACUACCUCCUGGUCGGUGGCAGAAAUGUGGUGUACAAUCUCAGUCUUACCGACCUGACAGAGCAGCGUCGUCUGGUGUGGUACUCCCCAGAGAAUGACGUCAGAAUGUGCGUCGUCAAAGGAAAAGACGAGGAGAGCUGCCAAAACUACAUCCGAGUGCUGGUCUCCCUAGGGACCGGUCGGCUGCUGGUCUGCGGGACCAACAGCUUCAGACCGUUCUGUAGGGAGUACAGCGUCCAACGGGACUCCUACCAGAUGGAGCGGGAACGGUCGGGACAGGCGGUCUGUCCGUACGACCCGGAGCAUAACUCUACUGCUGUUUACGCGGAUAGCGAGUUAUACUCGGGUACAGUUGCGGACUUCAGUGGGAUGGAACCCAUCAUUUAUCGGGAGCCUUUACAAACGGAACCCUAUGACUCAAUGACUUUAAAUGCUCCCGAUUUCGUGAAUUCCCUAGUACACGGUAACUUCGUGUACUUCUUCUUCAGAGAAACAGCAGUCGAGUACAUCAACUGUGGGAAGUCGGUGUUUUCUCGCGUGGCGCGAGUCUGUCGGGAUGACCGCGGUGGGCCGCACCGCUUUAAACAAAGAUGGACGUCGUUUUUGAAGUCAAGGCUCAACUGCUCCGUAGCCGGGGACUUCCCUUUUUACUUCAAUGAAAUACAAUCAACAACGGAAUUAAUAGAAGGUGUCUACGGUGGCCUCAAUGCCCAGCUUAUCUACGGCACCUUCACGACUCCUCCUAAUAGUAUAUCUGGCAGUGCUGUAUGCGCGUUCAGCAUGCAAGAUAUUGCUGACACUUUCGAAGGCACAUUCAAGGAACAGAGCGCUAUCAACUCUAACUGGCUGCCUGUCAAUAGUGCUAAGGUUCCUGAACCGCGUCCCGGAACUUGUCAUAACGAUUCGAGACUAUUGCCAGACCAGACUCUUAAUUUCAUCAAAGCACAUGCUUUAAUGGACGAGUCUGUGCCUGCCUUCUUUGGAGAACCUAUUGUGAUUAGGACCAGUUUCCACUAUCGAUUUACGCAAAUUGCCGUAGAUCCACAAGUGAAAACACCUGGAGGGAAAGCAUACGAUGUUUUGUUCAUUGGCACAGAUAAUGGUAAAAUUAUAAAAGCCAUCAACGCCAUAUCAUAUGACUCCAAUAAAAGGGCAGUGCCAGUCGUAAUAGAAGAACUGCAAGCCUUUGCCGCGGGCUCGCCUGUUAGGGCUUUGAGAGUCGCAAGAGCAGGCAGAGACGCAGCAAGACUUAUUGCCGUCUCAGAUAGAGAAGUGCUUAGUCUCAGAUUGCAUAGGUGUUCUAGUGACAAAAUCAGUUCAUGCUCUGAAUGCGUAGCACUUCAAGACCCAUACUGCGCCUGGGAUAAGCAAGCUGGACGGUGUAGAGCCUUCUCACAUGGAGUUAGCAGAUGGCUUGACGAAAGCUCUUUCUAUCAGAGCGUCAGCACUGGCAGCCACGCUGCUUGUCCUCAUAGUAAAGAUGCAGGAGCUGUUGGUGGUUUAAGUUCUGGACUCUAUGAUGACGCGAGAGAAAAUAAAGGAGAAGUUAUAAACAUUGUACAAGAUAAAGAUGGCAAAGGGAGCAACAGCAAUAACGAAGGUCCAGAAGUAUUGGCAGCUGAUCCUCCGCCAGCUGCAUACUCAGUAGAAACCCUGGCUUUGGCCGUAGCAGCUGGAGCAUUGGCUGCCUUGGGCGCUGGGUUUGCCGCUGGUUACAUCUGUGGUCGACGAUGCAAGAAAGAUGAUGACGACAACAUGCCGUAUCCCGAUACGGAGUAUGAAUAUUUUGAACAGAGACAGAAUAUAAACAGAAUUCAAGCAGAACCCAAGCUUCUUCAACAAGUUGAAGAAGUGACGUACGCAGAACCAGUACUAGCUCCUCAACCAAAACCUGCGUCACCUCGAGCAACUCUCCGCAAGCACCCGCCAUACCACCCUCACCACGAAACGUUAUUCCAGUUCCAACCUGACGCCUACCGCCGCGACAACUUCGGGACGCUCCGCUCUCAUCAGGGCGAUGGCUACCGGCGCGGCAACGACAAUGGUUUCUCGACCACGCGCUCAGUGAAGAAGGUGUACCUCUGAGAAACAAGCGGGGCGGACGCGCGCGAACAAAUGCAUCAUCAUAAGCAUAAUACGCACCACCACCACACGUUGGUGUCGCAGCGCAGCAGCGGCUCGGGCUCCGGGUCGGCGUCAGGCGGAGGCUCGUCGUCAUCCCCGUCGCCGCCGUCGUCAUCGCCGUCGCCGUCCGGCGAGCGCCCCCCCACGCCGCCGCCCCCCGCGCCGCAGCCCUGCGCCUACAUCUACCGUAACUAGCGCGUCGCCCCGCACUCUCCACGGCAUCACUUUCUCGCCCCUACGUUUUGAACGGACCGAAGUGCCAGUGACCGUUCCCAAUUCGAAAAUGACUGUGGACUUUGACAUUCCAAAUUCGAAUGUUCCAAUCGUGUUGUAUCCUGGCUCGAACUACCCUCCUAGUAGAUAACGACCGACUUCGUACAAGAAGAUUGCCUAUGCAUUGUAUAAAUUAUACUUUCCACGCGCGUUGAUCGCGCUUUGAGAAAAACAAAAUUAUGUCGACUAUUAUGUGGAAAUAUAAAUUGUCACAGAUCGAUAUGUGAUGAAAAACUUUCUUCCAUGAAAUAAAUAUACGUACCGGUGAUAAUUCGUUAUCUAAAUCGAUCCUCCCGAUCGGGAGAAAAGUGACAAAAAUAUGUAUUUUUUUUAAAAGACGGAACAAUAUUAUCGAUUGAUGUAUGUGAGAUGAAUAAUGUAACAAAUUGUAGAUUGUUUAGAUUAUACAUAGUUUACAGAUAAUUUAGGUGAAUAUAUAAGUUUUUGUUGGUAACAUGUUGAUGAAUAGUUAAUGUAAAGUUGGGAACAGCAUUGCAGUUUCCCUUAAUUGCAAACUAUGUAAAUCUAGGUCUUAGACUACGGUUUUCCAUUGUUACACAUCUCAAGUAAUUUUAGUUCGUAAUAAAGCUGUAAAAACAGACUAAGGAAAACUGCAAUGUGUUCGCCAAUCGCUUUUUUACAUACCUACUAUUUGUAGUUACUAUGUCAUUAAGUAUAGGAAUGAUUCUCUUAUUCUAAAGUUCUAGUGUUACUAUAACUCGACAAAACUAAUGGCGGCGCUGUAAUCAAACGUAGUACAAUCCUUGAAGAUAUCGAGGAGGAUUCGUGACUCGCCUUAUACCAGUGUCCGGCUCAUAAGUGUUGCCUCGUUAUAAUAGAUUAAACGAUGAUUAUAACAUUAUAGUUGAAACCAAUGAACAUUAAAUGACACAAAAUAUGAUAUAAAUUAUAUUUACCAUGUAUAAAUGAUAUUAUGUAAAGUUCUGAUACUUAUUCAUUCAUUAAAAAGUGCUUCUUAUGGGUGUAUCUAGAUUAUUAGGAGAUCGUUUUGAUAAUUAUUCGAUAAUGUUAUAGAUUUAGCUAUUAUGUAUACAUAGAUACAUAGUGUUAAGGUGGGCAUUGUGAUGCCACAUUGCCAAUUUAGAUUGUUGGUGCAUCAUCGUGAGGUUACGGCGUGUAACUGUGAUCAUUAUGUACAUUCUGUGACACGAAAGACAUCUCCGUUUUAGUCUACUGUCGUCUAAAUUAAAAUUUCCAGAAAAGUGGGCCAAACGUUAUAAAUCCUUUUUCGAUAAAGACGUUCCUGUUGCUAUUUUGUAAUACGUGAAAGAAAUUCGGUAUGUAAUUCUUUAUAGGCUUUUCCAUUAUUUUCUAAACUAGCUAGGCUUUGUUUUACACUGAGUAAUGAAUAGUGUUCAAACUCAUCUUCGCUCAUUGUUGACAAUUGAAUGUGUGUAAAGAAAAUGUCAAUUCUAUUUGUAAUGACUUAGUGCCUAAGUAUGUGUGGCAAGAUUGUAUUUUGUACAUUACAAGAAUUCGGUUUUUCUUUUGUACUGACGAAAGCGCGGACGUUAGAUCCUCUAGAUUAGUAAAUAAAGUAUCUAGAUGACAUUGUUAUUACCCACUUUCUGAAAUCUUUAAUGAGUCUGGUGAAUUAAAAUUCACCAAAAUUACGCCCUAAUUACAAACGGU